AUGACAUCGUCCGGAGAUGGUACUCCGAUCAGACCUCCGCCGUCCUUCGUGCCGGGCGUUCCUCGUGUCGCAUCGAAAUCAAGAUAUCCAGAUCAGCGGUGCGACUCGGCUCCGGCUUUAGAUGCGGACCUGGUGGAGUCAAGACUUGGUUCAUCCCCUCCCCCUCCCCUCUCAGCGACAACGGCAGAGCUUCCGAUCAGAUCCGUAUCACCCAAUUCACAGUCAUUGAGAUCUUCCACGCCGCAAUUGGCCCGUUCAUCGUUAGGUUCGCCCGUUGGCGGACGAGGGGAAGGAGCGGAGGACAUACGAUCUUUAAUUUUACGGUCGUUCUCGCCUGUGGUCGGAGUGUACGCUUCCGUGGAUACUGAUGAGCUGGUCCGGCAAAAGGGAUUCAAGGGUGGAUUUUGGGAUCUAAUUCGACCUUUCGGGGAAAAUGUCCCGGGAAAAAUCGUCAUCCGGGACAGUGUAGGUGCAAGCCGUGGCUGGGAGGAUUAUGGCGUUCGGUUUGUUGAUUUGGGGAGCAGCGUCUGGACUUCCUCCGACUCGAACGCGGAGCGAGUUUCCCCUCUUGCUCAGGUGGAGGAAGUUUUGGAAAGGCACCUAGAUUCAGAUGGUGGUCCACUGAGCGGAAUACUGCCCUCGAAGAAUCUCCUAAACAGCUCUACGACAUCCCCGCUAUAUAAGACAUUUCUCCGCCAGCUACUAUCCGUGGCGUCUGCGACACCACAUGAGACAUUCCGCCAUCCGGUCGCCAGUAUUAUUGUUAUUAGCUCACGCAACACAUCUCCUCUUGAGUCACUGAGAAGACUAUAUGCAGACACCAGCAACGGCGACAGGAGCUUACCAGGAUGGAUAAAUCCCGAGUAUCUCCGUUACUAUGUCCUUGUGCAUGACGAGGACAGGGACGAUAUUACCGAAUCAACAAAGCUAUACGACCAGAUGAAGCGGCAUUUUGGGCUCCAUUGCCAUCUUCUGCGACUCCGGAGUUAUCAAUGUGUCGUGACCGAUGAUGAUAGCGUUCAAGUGCCUGAAUGUGAGUGGCUGUCGCCCUCGGAACGUCUAUCGGACAGCGUAGCUCCCCUUGUUGACCUGGACACCGAUGGACUGCCUUACUUAUUUGACUCUGAUGUGAUGGCUAUUAAAGCUUUUAUUCGAGAGCUAGUAGCCCAGUCUAUAAUCCCUUAUAUGGAAAACAGGGUGUCCGUAUGGAACGACCAGGUGGCCUCUCGGAGGCGUGGAAUUAGUGGCCGCUUUAUGUCAAUGUCACGGCGAUGGACAGGCUUCGGGUCGGGGUCUCGGUCCAGUUUGACGGGGUCUGGAGGCGGCGCUAGUGGCAACUAUGACACUAUCCAUGGCUUUUAUAGGCCCGACGUACCGGAAGCCAUCCUGCGUAGGAUGGCCGACUUCGCCUUCAUGCUUAGGGACUGGAAACUAGCCACAUCAACCUACGAGCUGAUCCGCUCAGACUAUGGAAACGACAAAGCAUGGAGAUAUCAUGCUGGCGCACAUGAGAUGUGUGCCAUAAGCACGCUUCUUAACCCCAUCGCAGUUUCGGCCAAGGGAAAACUUGCCGGGAUCGACCAAAUGCUCGAAACUGCCUGUUACUCCUAUCUCACAAGAUGCUCUGAUGGACCAAGCGCUUUACGUUGCCUCUGUUUAGCGAUGGAGCUUCUAAAAGUGCGAGGAGGGUCGGCCGUGGAGAGCGCAGCGAAAUGGGCCAUGCGGGCUAUGGACCUCGGGUUAGUCGGCUCGAUAGGCCAAGGACUCUUCAGCGAGAGGAUUUCCUCCUGUUAUGCUACCAAAAAUCCCAUUCCCGGUGUGACAUGGGGUUCGCGCCGUAGGAAAGCUGGGAUGUGGUGCGUUCUCGCGGCAGACGCGUGGCUCAAGCUCGGCAAGCCAUUGUUGGCAUCUGCAUGUCUCGAGGAAGCAGAACGCCUUUAUGCAGGUGUCUUGGAUGGCGAUGGUGUGUUUCCAAUGCCAGAAAUCCAAGAGUUCAUCGACAGCCUACGACACGAUGUGAAAGUGGAAUAUCUUGAGAACGGGGAAUUGGAUACUCAAGAUCAAGCAAUUCCGGCGGAUCCUCUUGAGACUGAAGAAAUCAGUGAGAAGCUGGAUAAACGGAUGAACCGCAAGUCCCUAAUCAAUAGUCCCUUAGAGUCCGCUGGUGGUCUCAACCUUGGGCAGGGAAUGAGAGAUAAUGACAACCCAGUCAGUGACGACUUUGAACGAGCAUAG